AUGGCAAGUCCAAGACUGUUAGGGACUGCUUUCCUGGUCUUGCUUAUUGUAGACAUCGCCUUUGCUGCUAGGACACUGCAGGCAAUCAGUGGAGGUGGAGGUGGAGGAUAUGGUGCUGGUGGUCGAGGAGGAGGUGGAGGCGGAGGAGGGGGUGGAGGCGGAGGCGGCGGCGGCGGUAGCGGAAGUGGGUCAGGUUCUGGCUAUGGGUCCGGUAGCGGCUCAGGCUAUGGUUCUGGUGGUGGGAUAGGUGCUGGAGAAGGUGGAGGUGGUGGCGGAGGCAGUGGAGGCGGAGGUGGUGGUGGUGGUGGUGGAGGUCACGGCGGUGGAUCCGGAAGCGGGUCGGGCUAUGGAAGUGGGUCAGGCUAUGGAAGUGGAAGUGGAAGUGGAAGUGGCCGUGGCAGGGGCGGGAAUGGAAGUGGUGGAGGAGGGGGAGGGGGAGGCGGAGGCGGAGGCGGAGGUGGUGGAGGUCACGGCAGUGGAUCCGGAAGUGGGUCGGGAAGUGGAAGUGGCAGUGGAAGUGGAAGUGGCGGGAAUGGAAGAGGUGGAGGAGGAGGAGUUUUGGUGAGUUGCAUGGUAACAUCCGUUGUUCCAACAGCUGACAGAUCCUCAGGAGGAACCCCUUCCAUCCGAACUUGUGCUGCUUUCAGGCGUACGAUUUUACAGGGACAGCUCCUCCAAGAUAAGGUUACUAUCUCCGAGUAA